AUGGCACAGUGCAGGAAGUUUGCUUUGUUAACAAUUCUUCUUGGUUCGCAGCUUAUUCACUGUGUUCCUCUCAAUGGGCGUAACUUGAUCUGCCCGGAACUCGGAAACGAAGAUCUAGUGUUUCCUCACGAGUACGAGUGUCACCUGUACUAUCUGUGUUCGAGCGAGGGCGCAUAUCUGAUGCAGUGUUUGAACGGUUAUCAUUUCUCGGUCACAACUCGGAGAUGUGAAGCUCCGGAGAUUGCACAGUGUGAUCCAAACGUGCCGUUGGGAUCAGAUCCAACACUACCAACCACACCUCCAAUUACCGGACCAACGAGUGCUACUACUGAUACAACCGAUGGCACUACUCCAGCAAUUGACACCACAACAGUGAUGGGAGAAACUACCGCUGGUGUAACGGAUGAAGUAACGACAUUCACUCCACCGACUGCUCCAACGGGUACUCCUAUAAUACCGACGGCGCCAACAGGAACACCUCUUACAACAGAGCAUCAGACUACAACCAUUACGACCGAGGAUCCGGAAGUAACAUCUUCUCCUUCGGAACCAUCCUCACCAUCUGAUACGACUGAGGAAACGACAAUAGCCGCCACAACGGAUGAUCCGGAGGGAACAUCUCCUCCAUCGGAGCAAACCUCACCAUCUGAUACGACUGAGGAAACGACAAUAGCCGCCACAACGGAUGAUCCGGAAGUAACAUCUUCUCCAUCGGAACCAUCCUCAUCAUCUGAUACGACUGAAGAAACGACAAUAGCCGCCACAACGGAUGAUCCGGAAGUAACAUCUUCUCCAUCGGAGCAAACCUCAUCAUCUGAUACAACUGAAGAAACGACAAUAGCCGCCACAACGGAUGAUCCGGAAGUAACAUCUUCUCCAUCGGAACCAACCUCACCAUCUGAUACGACUGAAGAAACGACAAUAGACGCCACAACGGAUAAUCCGGAAGUAACACCUCCUCCAUCGGAGCAAACCUCAUCAUCUGAUACAACUGAGGAAACGACAAUUGCCGCCACAACGGAUAAUCCGGAAGUAACACCUCCUCCAUCGGAGCAAACCCCAUCAUCUAAUUAA